AUGGGUUCAUCUGAUCUCAACUUGAAAAAGUCAUGGCAUCCUUCGACUUUUAAGAACCAGGAAAGAGUAUGGAAAGAAGAGCAAAAGCGUAAAGAGGAAGAACGAAAACUAGAACAGCUUAAAAAAGAACUGGCAGAAGAAAGACAGUUGCAGGAACUGCAGCAAAUGCAAGAAGAAUCUGGUGCAAAACAAAAAUCAAAUAAAUUAGAUUGGAUGUAUGCAGGGCCUAAUGCCAGCAUGAACGGAUCCAAUGAUAAUUCAAUGGAAGAUUUUCUGUUGGGAAAGAAGAGUGUUGAUGAAUUAUUGAGAGCAAAACAAAGACAAGAAGUGCAAACUGCCACAGAAUUACAGGAGAGUAGAUUUACAUUAUCGAACUCUAAUGCAAAUACAGAACGAGAUAUUCAAUCCAAAAUAAGAGAAGAUCCAUUGCUCAUGAUUAAAAAGAGAGAACAGAUGGCAUUGAAGGCUAUUGUAGAGAAUCCAUUAAAGUUGAAAGAAUUGAAGAAGAAGGAAAAGAAAGACAAGAAGAAAAAGAAGGAUAGUAAAUCAGAAAAGCAUCACCAUAGCGGUAGUAGCAGUAAACAUAGAGACUAUGGCAGAGACGAAAGGAGACAUAGAGAAUACGACAGAGAUGAAAGAAGACACAGACAUUCUGAUGGGGAUAGACAUAGACAUGAAAGAGAUGAUAGUCGAGACCGUAAAGAGAGAUACUCUAGUAGUAGCAGCAGAAGAAGAAGAAGUGCUUCUCCCUAUCGUAGAUAA